AUGCUGCUGGGGAAGGGGAAGCAGGGAAGCGUGCCCCACGCCCCAAAGGGGGAAUCCCUGGACAGCAGAGAAGAAGGGCAUAAGAAAACGAACGAGGUCAUCAACGAGAUUUUCCAACUGGAAUUGAAAGACAUCCUAAAAGAUGUCUCCAGUGAAAAAAAAAUAAACGACACCAUCGAUUUUGUAAAUAACAAAAUAAACACACUAAACAAUUUUAUCAACGAUAUAGCUAAGGAGAAGUAUGAGUACUUUUACAAAUAUAUUGACCAAAUGAGCAAUGCGAGGAAAUUAAAAAAAUGGAACUCUGACCAUUUAGAGGAUAUAUCUAGGAAAUAUAAAGCAAGUUACGAAUCGCUCAGGGAGAAAAAGAACAAAGUUCUGUCUUUAAUUAUCGAGAAAAGGUGUUUAAUCGAAAUUGAGAAAGUUUUAAAAUUAUACCAAGUUGUCCAGGUGGAGGUAAAAAAACUGUGUGAUGAAAUGGAAGGGGACAACAUUUUUUGGGGGCUCUUUCCAACGGAUGUAAUCCCCCUGAGUGUCUCCAAAAGAGAACCAUUCGAUGUACAUGACCUGCGUCAAAGUACCCUCCAUAGGAGUGGCGAGGACAGGAAGUACCCCAAUAUACUGACCAUCGCCGACUUUCAUGCCCUGGAGAGUUAUUUAAAACGGAUAAGCAGUAUAAAACGGUUCAUUUCCCAGCAUAGUUUGCAAAAUAUAUCCAUCGUAGCGCUAAAGGCAAAAAAGAUCAAGGCGUAUGAGGAUGGCAUAAUAAGUGUCCUCGUGCAGUAUUUAUCGGCCGAUUUUUUUAAGGACGAGAAUUACGAGAGGAAAGUAAAGCAUUGUUUAAAUGCGUUUAAAAAUGUAGAUGCCGAAAAGGAGUGUUUAAAAAAAAUAAUAAACAACAAAAUUGAGGAAGCCAAUGCACACAUUUUGAAAAUAAAAAAUGGGGAGAAAAAUGGAAAAACAAAUUUAUACACAAUUCUGCAGAAUUGUAAAAAUGGCAUUGAUCAGAUGAACUACUUGAAUGAAAUUAUUAAGGAGAAUUACUACAUGGAAGAGAAAAUUCGGAUGGAAAAAUGGAAAUGGGAAAAAAAAACGGGUGACAAUAACAACAGUGAUUUCAAUGCAUGGGAUGAGGACACAGACAAAUGCAACACGGUACAUGUGUACACAGAAUUUUACCUGCCCUACGUUAACUUACUAAUAAGAAGCAAAAUAAACCAACUGGUGAGGAAGGAAGACAUGCUAUUUGUCCUAAAUUUAAUAGGAGAAUUUGUGCACAUUGUUCGGAGCAAAGUCGAUAUGAAGGGACACGGAAAAAAAGAUGUCCUUUUAAAUCUGUUCAGCAGAGAAUAUGAAGAAAUAACUUUCACUUCCAUGAACAAACUUAUCAACCUAGUGGAACUUCUAUUCCAGAAAGGAAACAUAAGAAGUGCCAUGGAGUACGAAAAUUAUUACAGCUUUCCGACCAUUUUCGAUAUUAAAAAUUAUGUACAGGCAUUUUUUAAAGAACUUUUUACGCACGUUUAUUAUCCACACAUUUUUCGAAAAAUCAUCGUAUCUUGCAACAAUUCACUCCUCCUCCUGAGUAACAAUUUGAAUAACUUAAAGCAGAAUGUUAAUGUGCUCAUCGAAAUGGAUACAAAAAGUAAAAUUGUAACCAUCGAUUAUGUUCCCCAGAAGCUGAAAUAUAAUUUGGAGCUUUUCCUUAUUAGCAGACAGCUUCUGCGAUACUUAAUUUGUUCUUUGGCCAAACUGAAGAUAAAAAUUGUGAAGAUAAAAAUGGAUACUUACCAGGUGAGGAGCUUCCGUUAUGGGGAGGGAACGCCGAGUGAAGCGGCGGGUGACGUAAACCCUUUUGCGGACAGUUCGGGAGCGCUACAGGAUGAUGACCCCAGGGUGGGGAACUACCCUCCAAUGAGUGACUCCCCAGGGAAGGAUUUAAUCACCCUCUCCUUUGACGAAUCCGUUGAGGAUUUUUUCAACUCACAAGACCAUUUAAAUAAUUAUUUCGAAGAUGUCGUGCUAUCCCCUGAUGAUGGCCUAAAUGACGAUUUUAUCGAGUGGGGAAAUCACGGAAGGAAAAAAGAAAAGACGAAAAAAAAACACGCAGAAGUGAGCAUGUCGUCUGAAAGGAAAUAUCACACGGAGCAAAGUGGUAUAUCAUGUGAAGAAGAUCAGCCAAGUGGCUCCUGUCCAAAUGGGACCGAACAAACGAGCAAGUGCGCUGAAAAGAACGUGGCGACUUUCCAAAUUAGCCUCUUCAGUGAUGCGAAACUUAACUCGUUUCACUUAAACGAUUCGUAUAACAUUAGUGAUGAUGACGGCAAUUACGAAAUUACGCCCUUUUUCAUUAAGGAGAAGGAAAACAGAAAGAAAGAAAAUUAUUUCGAUUUAAUCGAAUUAGAAAAAGGAUUAUGUGAAUUGAACAAUGUUGUCAAUUCGUGUAUUUACGAAUGUUUUGAGCCAUUUGAGAAGAAAUCUGUUUGGUACUUUAAAAAUAAUUAUAGCGCCCUGGGUACACCUGACGUUUUUUCCCUUUUCGACCAGUUAUGCGUCCAUUUUAACGAAAGAAUAGUUCAGUGUGUACCGACAUACGAGUGCACGCAGAUGAUAAAAAAUUUGAUUAACCGCACGCUCAUUUAUUUAAUCGCUUUGUCAUGUUACUACUUAAUUAGCGGAAUGGAUGUGUACCUAUUUAGGUACUACGAAUCACUGCAGAAAGUUGGAAAUGGCGCAACGGAGGCUUCCCUGCAUUUCGGUUACAAGUUGUGUACGCUUUUUAAAAAGUCGGUUGAUAUGAAAGCCGGGCGGGAGGCCUACGAAGACGUGCCGACGUUUUUCCUGCCCGUGACGUUCGUCAUAUUUCACGGGGGGCGGGUCAUCGUGGACAGCUUGGGUAUGACGGAGGAUAAAUUCAUCAACCUGCUGAUCGACCACUUGAGAAAUCCGGUGCAGGCAAUGGAUGGGAAGGGCAGUAACAGCAGCAGUCAGAACUUAAACUUCGUGGUUAGCAAAUUUGCCAAAAGUGUGCUAAAGAAAAAAUGA